UCCAUGAGUUGGAUCUGGAUGCUGUGGCGAAAGAGAUUGCGUCGCUCAAGAUGGACACGAAGAUUCGGGAUGCGGAGUCCCGAGUUGGACGUCUGCUCGCCGAUUUCUACGAGAAGUUAGAGCAGCUGGACGUGGCCCACCAGUCGGAGCAGGGGCCGAAGCAGUCGGUCAAGAUCCUGAUGGCGACGAUUCGUCCGGUGCAAUUGAAGGCAACCGUCGAGCGUCAACUGACGCGCGAGGUUAACAAAGCGUACAAGACCGACGUCAAGGCGUUUUGUCGGCGGCUGGUGUCGUUACUCGAUAAUUUCAUGAUGUUUGAGUCGCAAUUGUUUGUGUCGGAUCCAAAAAAUAAUCCGAAUCGGCAGCGUCUGUAUGGCGAUAAACAACUUCGCCAGCAGCGGCCAAGAAAGCGGAACCUGGCGCGCAACCCCGGCCUCCAGCAAGGCCUGCAUCUCGAAGACCACAAGGUCCUGAACUGCCCGAAGUGCCUGCCGGGCGAGGCUCAGCGCCGCUUGGAUCAGCGGUUCAAGAAGCCGCAAGUCGCGGCUGUGGCAGUGCCGGACAGGAGAGGCGAGGUCAAGCCUAAGGUGGUGGGCGCGGCCGUCGAUAUGGACGAAGCGACGGUGGUGCCGGUACUGCGCACGUUAGAAUGCGCUAUCAACGGACUCAAGGCGACGACGCUACUAGACAGUGGUGCCGACCAAUUUGCGCUGUCGCUGACGUUUGUAUCACGUCUCGAAACGACUGGUAAUUUUACGUCGGCGGUCCGACAGUUGGACACCGCCAUCGUGCUGGGCGGUUUCCUCGAAGGCAUGAAGCUCCAAGUGGACCGCGACUGUGAGCCGCGACGUGAUGGAGAAGCUAGGAUAUUGUCCGCGUUCGUUGUUACUGAAUGCGCGGGUGCCCAAAGUGUGUACGAUCUGGACCGAUUGGGCGACAAAGAAACGCCGCUGAUGGCGGCGAUGAAGGUGGUCGAGACGAAGGAGAAACCUCCUUUGUCUCCCGAAGAAGUAUCGUUCAAUCCUGACGAAGAACGGGAUACUGACCAAGAAGUCGUGCGUGCGAAGCUGAAGGAGAAGAUCAGCGAAUGUCGUGCCGCAGGGUGCGGCGAGGAGUUUGCUACAACGCUGUAA